CUCCGCGUUCGCCUCCUCCAGCUGGCCGCGCAGGGCAUCGAUGUCCUCCUUCGCAGCAUCCGCCUCCGAGCCCUUCUCCUCGAGCUCGCUCUGGAGACGCUCCCUCUCCGCGUUCGCCUCCUCCAGCUGGCCGCGCAGGGCAUCGUUGUCCUCCUUCGCAGCAUCCGCCUCCGAGCCCUUCUCCUCGAGCUCGCUCUGGAGACGCUCCCUCUCCGCGUUCGCCUCCUCCAGCUGGCCGCGCAGGGCAUCAUUGUCCUCCUUCGCAGCAUCCGCCUCCGAGCCCUUCUCCUCGAGCUCGCUCUGGAGACGCUCCCUCUCCGCGUUCGCCUCCUCCAGCUGGCCGCGCAGGGCAUCAUUGUCCUCCUUCGCGGCAUCCGCCUCCGAGCCCUUCUCCUCGAGCUCGCUCUGGAGACGCUCCCUCUCCGCGUUCGCCUCCUCCAGCUGGCCGCGCAGGGCAUCAUUGUCCUCCUUCGCGGCAUCCGCCUCCGAGCCCUUCUCCUCGAGCUCGCUCUGGAGACGCUCCCUCUCCGCGUUCGCCUCCUCCAGCUGGCCGCGCAGGGCAUCGAUGUCCUCCUUCGCAGCAUCCGCCUCCGAGCCCUUCUCCUCGAGCUCGCUCUGGAGACGCUCCCUCUCCGCGUUCGCCUCCUCCAGCUGGCCGCGCAGGGCAUCGAUGUCCUCCUUCGCAGCAUCCGCCUCCGAGCCCUUCUCCUCGAGCUCGCUCUGGAGACGCUCCCUCUCCGCGUUCGCCUCCUCCAGCUGGCCGCGCAGGGCAUCGAUGUCCUCCUUCGCAGCAUCCGCCUCCGAGCCCUUCUCCUCGAGCUCGCUCUGGAGACGCUCCCUCUCCGCGUUCGCCUCCUCCAGCUGGCCGCGCAGGGCAUCAUUGUCCUCCUUCGCGGCAUCCGCCUCCGAGCCCUUCUCCUCGAGCUCGCUCUGGAGACGCUCCCUCUCCGCGUUCGCCUCCUCCAGCUGGCCGCGCAGGGCAUCAUUGUCCUCCUUCGCAGCAUCCGCCUCCGAGCCCUUCUCCUCGAGCUCGCUCUGGAAACGCUCCCUCUCCGCGUUCGCCUCCUCCAGCUGGCCGCGCAGGGCAUCAUUGUCCUCCUUCGCGGCAUCCGCCUCCGAGCCCUUCUCCUCGAGCUCGCUCUGGAGACGCUCCCUCUCCGCGUUCGCCUCCUCCAGCUGGCCGCGCAGGGCAUCAUUGUCCUCCUUCGCAGCAUCCGCCUCCGAGCCCUUCUCCUCGAGCUCGCUCUGGAGACGCUCCCUCUCUGCGUUCGCCUCCUCCAGCUGGCCGCGCAGGGCAUCAUUGUCCUCCUUCGCGGCAUCCGCCUCCGAGCCCUUCUCCUCGAGCUCGCUCUGGAGACGCUCCCUCUCCGCGUUCGCCUCCUCCAGCUGGCCGCGCAGGGCAUCGAUGUCCUCCUUCGCAGCAUCCGCCUCCGAGCCCUUCUCCUCGAGCUCGCUCUGGAGACGCUCCCUCUCCGCGUUCGCCUCCUCCAGCUGGCCGCGCAGGGCAUCGAUGUCCUCCUUCGCAGCAUCCGCCUCCGAGCCCUUCUCCUCGAGCUCGCUCUGGAGACGCUCCCUCUCCGCGUUCGCCUCCUCCAGCUGGCCGCGCAGGGCAUCAUUGUCCUCCUUCGCAGCAUCCGCCUCCGAGCCCUUCUCCUCGAGCUCGCUCUGGAGACGCUCCCUCUCCGCGUUCGCCUCCUCCAGCUGGCCGCGCAGGGCAUCAUUGUCCUCCUUCGCGGCAUCCGCCUCCGAGCCCUUCUCCUCGAGCUCGCUCUGGAGACGCUCCCUCUCCGCGUUCGCCUCCUCCAGCUGGCCGCGCAGGGCAUCGAUGUCCUCCUUCGCAGCAUCCGCCUCCGAGCCCUUCUCCUCGAGCUCGCUCUGGAGACGCUCCCUCUCCGCGUUCGCCUCCUCCAGCUGGCCGCGCAGGGCAUCGAUGUCCUCCUUCGCAGCAUCCGCCUCCGAGCCCUUCUCCUCGAGCUCGCUCUGGAGACGCUCCCUCUCCGCGUUCGCCUCCUCCAGCUGGCCGCGCAGGGCAUCGAUGUCCUCCUUCGCAGCAUCCGCCUCCGAGCCCUUCUCCUCGAGCUCGCUCUGGAGACGCUCCCUCUCCGCGUUCGCCUCCUCCAGCUGGCCGCGCAGGGCAUCAUUGUCCUCCUUCGCAGCAUCCGCCUCCGAGCCCUUCUCCUCGAGCUCGCUCUGGAGACGCUCCCUCUCCGCGUUCGCCUCCUCCAGCUGGCCGCGCAGGGCAUCAUUGUCCUCCUUCGC